UACAGUUGAAAUCCACACCAGCUUCACGAGUUCACAUGCACCAUUACUUUAGUCCGCCUCUAUAAAUCCACGUACUCUCUCGUUCUGUCUCUCAAAUUCUCAAUUAUCUUAUCGAUAUCCUUCUUGCCUUCUCUCUUACAGCAAACCACAAAAGAAAAUGGUCAAGCUUAACGUUGCCACCCUUUUUAUUCUGUUCACCCUUCUCCUAUUCUCCACCGCUCUAACCUACGCCGCACGCCGCGACCCACCCUUUACUAGCGAGUCCUUGGCUAAGGACCAACAACAGGAUGUUGAUGAGGCAGAGGUGGUAGAAGAGAGCUGUAAAGGAGCUGGAGAAGAAGAGUGCUUGAUGAGAAGGACGCUUGCUGCUCAUAUUGAUUACAUCUACACGCAGAAGCAUAACCCAUGAAAGUUUCUUAAUCGUUCUAUUAUUUAUUAAAUUGCUACAUAUAAUUUGAGAAAAAAAAUUGCUAUAUAUAAAUAUAAAUGGACUCUGUGUGAUUUAGUUUACAUGAACAGUUUCUUUUUGCCUCGUCACUAUUCUUCCAUCUGUUCUGUUUCUAUAAAUAUAUGAUUAAAAUUAUAAAAUCUUCUGUAAUUCUCAACAGCAAAAUGGAGCUUCUGUUAGCUGGAUGACAUUGUUCUAACUAGGCAGCUCUCUCUUUCUCCCUCUCCUCAAUCUGUAACCCUUUUCUUGCAAAGUUUUGUUUGUUUGUUUGUGUAAUAAAGAUUGCAGAAAUAGUUUCUUUUUAA